AUGUCGUUUAGCUUCCGGUUGGCACGGGAAACAAACGAUCAGCUGUCUGAAGCGAGCGCGGAUGUGGUGGCGGCCCUGGAUGCAGAGGAAAAGGCAGUGAAGACGCUGCUCGUCGCGCGAGCGUCGGCGAAUCAGGUGACCCGCCAUCAUACUGGAGGCGCAUUCAGCGCCCUGCACGAAGCCUGCCGCUGCAACACCGAAGUCGACAUCCUCCAAUUGAUGUUGGAAUCAAGAGGCGAUCCGGAGCUGAAGACGCAUUGCAAAGCAAAUCGCAGGACCGCCCUGGAAGUUGCAGAGGCCGAAGGCCACGUGAAUCUGGUCCGGUUCUUGCAGGAAUCUUCCACGACGUCUCUGGGAAUUGCGGGAAGCGUUGGAAGCAAGGCCGCGCCUACUAUGCCCAUGCCGUCGCAGGAGGCUGGCUCUGGCUCUGUUCCGACGGCUAGUUUCCGGCAAACGCGCCAAGUUCUUGAGCACGUGACUGAGGAGGACGCUGCUGUCUUGGUGGCUUUGGGCGCCGAGGAAAGAGCAUGGAUGCUGCGUGUGGCAGCGGGAUACAACCAAGUGUCCGCAGCUAAGGCGUUGCUUUGUGCCCGAGCUUCGGUCGAUCACGUUACGCGACACUCUACCGGAGGUGUAUUCAACGCCUUGCACGGGGCCUGCAUGUGGAAUGCUAGCACGGAGAUGGUGCAGCUGCUUUUGCAAGCUCGAGCAGAUACAAACAUCAAGGCCCACUACAGAGGCCAGCCAAGGACCGCCUUGCAAAUUGCUGCAGUCAACCGCCACGACGACUUGGUGCAGUGCUUCCCGGAUGCGCGCUGGGCCCGGCCUUCCGGGUCAGGGCCAGCUGCGGCUGCGUGGUCCUGGGAAUCCUCAGCCCAGCAUGCUUGGUCUGCAACAGGGCCGCAGUCCUGGAACUCCAGUGCAGAUACCUGGGGCGGCUACAGCCAGUGGUCUUGGCCACGGGCGGAAGGGAAGGAGGCUUCAACUUGGCCAUCCCCAGAAGAUGGUUCUGCGGCUGCCUUUCAACCAUCGUCGCCCUCCGUCCGUCCGACGGAGACAUCAAGCGGGACGCAGUGGUGGAACUAUGGCUCCAGCGACGGAUGGCAGUCUAAAGAGGCGAGCUCUUUCCAAGACGCCACGGCCAUGAACUCUUCAGCCAGAAGCGCAUCUGACACCAGGCCCAUGCAACGUUCCCGAUCUCCAACCGCGCAAGGGUCGUCAAACGCUGAGUCGUGGAGGUCUCACAAUGGAGAUGAUGGUUGGAGUUGGGAGAACCGAGGCCUUCCAUCACUUCUGUGGGAAGAUGAAAGGGACUGGGAUGUGAUUGAGACGGUUCAGAUUCACAGAGUGGCCUACCUUCAGAAUACUUGCAGCGCUCAUUUCAAGGAUGGGCGUCCUCUCCAGCAGACGGUGGACGACUUAAAGCAAGGGCGGGUGGAUCCGAUGAAGCACAAGAACUUCAUCCUAAACGGGCUGAAGUCGAACGUGAAGCAUGAGGGACGGUGGCAGGAUCUCUACUGGACUCAGGACCACCGACGGCUCCUUUGCAUGCGACGAGCAGGCUGCACGCACGUCCGAGUGAGGCUUCGACCUUCCGACAGAAGCUUCACACCCAUCAUGCGCAAGAUGAUCGCUCGCCUUGGUCACGACACGACCAUUCAGGUGCUUGGUGAGGCGAGCACCCAGGCCCCCAAUUGA